AUGGAGAGGAUCAAAGACGAGCAGGGCAGCUGGAAGCUUCGCCAAGUGGCCAGAGGCGAGAGCGAAGAGGCAAAUUUUUUAGCCAAAAUGGCAGCGACAGAUGAACAGCAUCUGACUCAACCAUUUCAGUUUGAGAAAUUGCACAUUUCAGCAAAGAACGUGGAGGAGUCUUUUCCUAUAGAGGAGGGGGAAUCAUGGAUGACGCCCGUAUAUAAAUUUUUGACACAAGAUGAUCUUCCGGCCGAUGAGUUAUCGGCCAAACAGAUAAUAAGAAAGUCCUCUAAAUAUGCACUAAUUGAUGGCUGGUUGUACAAGAGGUCUUCAAUACAACCAUGGCUGCAUUGUGUUACAGAGGAGGAAGGCCAUAAAAUCUUAAAGAAUAUUCAUAAAGGUGAUUGUGGGAGCUAUGAAGGAGCUCAGACAAUUGUUCAGAAAGCAUUUAAACAAGGGUAUUAUUGGUCAAUGAUAGUGCAAGAUGUGAAGCAGCUUGCCCAUAAGUGUCGAAGACGUCAAGUACAUGCGAAUAUUCCAAGGACCCCGAGAGAGAUGCAAUAA